ACGCUCGUAUCGGGUUCUUGUUUACGAUUCAUCUGAAGUAUGAACCUCUACGAAACUUGGUAACGCGUCCCCACGCUGUAUUUUGGGAAGUUAAAAUAUGCAUAGUCAUGUAGUUAGUAAAACGCGUUUCUAUAUUUGGCCGUGUGAUUUUCAUUAGUUUAAGCGCGUUACCCAAACACAGCCAUUGGACGCUGAUUCCUAUUCGUUAUUUCUGUAUUGUGUUUCUCUACUCUGUGAAGUCGACAGUCAUACAGAUUCUUUAUAUCUUAAUUGGUCGUAAGGAAAUACAACUACAGCUAACUUCAUUUAAUCAACCUCAAGCUCAUCCAAAGCAGUGACGUUUAUGUACCUUAGACGUAAAAGGAGCGUGUAGUGUUCAAGUGGUGAAAGCACAGACUGAUUACUGCAAAUAGUAUUAGUUAAAAUGAACAGAAGGGUAGAUUUUGCCAUGUUGAUUCGUAUGCUGCAUUGUUUUAAAACUGUUAAUUUGCAAUUACUAUUGAAUACUUUUGGUCAACAUUUAACUGGAGAAAAAUCUAAAUUACUAAAACGAGCAAUUCAAUUGUUGGAGACUAAAAUAACUGGUAUUAACUAUCCUGAAUAUAAAGCAAAAAUAAUUGAAAUUUACCAGACUGUUCAGAUCAUUAAUUUGUGUGAUAAUUCUAAACAAGUUAAAUUAAAGAAGGUAAAGUCUAUGGAUCAGAAACAGAUUCCCUCAAAAAAAGUUUGUCAGGCAUCACAAUUGACUCAUCAAUCAAUAAACAACACCUCUACUGGAUUACCAUAUAUUAUAUCCCAUAUGCAAAAUACUGUGUACAUAAACCCUAAUGAUGCAAAUACAAUUCCUGGAAGCUCUACUGCUAACAGCAGCACUCAAAAUGCACAGUCAACUUCAACUGCAUCUCAUACUGUAGUAUCAUCACAGCUGCCCCCAAAACCAGAAAGUAUAAUCAAGAGUUCUUUGACUUUGAAUCCUCAAUUUAUAGAAUAUGUUGAGUUCAAAAGUCUACCAUUUUAUGAAGUAAUUGAGAAUAUUAUCAACCUAACUUAUUUAACAAGCUUAUACGAAUGUUCAUUGGAAAAUGCCCCUAAUGGAAUUAAUGAAAGCAGAUUCUCCCUGACAUUGUCACCCAAACAAGCAUCAAUUAUUAGUUUAAAUCGGGACAUUUCCAAUGGGAAAAAUGAAUAUCCUUUUCAGUGUCAGAUUCGAAUUUGUCAAUUAAGAAUUGGGUGUGAUGAAGUAAGUGAUUAUUUGCCAAUGGGACUUCAUAUUCGAAUUGAAAAUAAAUAUUGUCCAUUGCCACCUUGUCCUCGUAAUAUGCGACCAGGAUUUGUAACUAGACGAACUGCAGGUCCUAUAAAUUGUACUCAUCAACUGCUUUUAUCUCCUAUUGUUUCAAAUGAAAUUAAAAUCAAUUGGACUCCCGAUAAAAAUAAUUACGCUCUUGCAAUGUAUAUUGUAAAAAAAAUAAGUGUCGAUACUUUGGUAAAAAAACUUAAAGGUAAAGAAGCAAAAAGUUCAGAAAAAACAAAAUCUGAUAUUAUUAAAAAGCUGGCAAAUUUUGAUCCAGAUUUAACCGUUACACAUGAUAUUUUUUCCUUAAUAUGCCCAUUAAGUAAAACUAGAAUGAAGUUACCUGCCAAAUCUAUUUACUGUAAUCAUCUACAAUGUUUUGAUGCUAAAACGUUUAUCAUAAUGAACGAAAAAAAGGCUACAUGGAAGUGUCCUAUAUGUAAAAUAUCUUGUUUGUAUGAUGAUAUACAAAUAGAAAGUUACUUUUUGGAAGUUGUCACAAGCUCUAAACUUAAUGACAACGAUCAAGAAAUUAUAUUAUGUGCUGAUGGAUCUUGGAAAAACAUUUCAAAAGAAAAUAUGAAGGACAAUCUUAAUGCUGAAAUAAAUAUUAUUGAUCACGUGAAUUUGGAUAGUGAUGAUGAACAAUCUAACGAGCCAUUAAAUAAACCUAUGGCAGGAGGUUCAAAAUCUCAACAAUCUGAAAAAUCGAAAACAUAUUUUGUCGAUUUGACAUUAGGUGAUGAUGGAGAAUCAUAAAUGCGUUUAGAGCAAUAAAUCAAACAGCUUAUAAUAGUUAAUUAUUGAAGUUGCCACUACAAGUUGUGACUAGUUCUGGACAAGGAGGAAUAAUUUAAAUUUUAGACACAUUUAAGUCAUAACACUACUAAAUUUUCUUAUUUUACAUAAAGCGGUUUUUACUUUUUUAUGAUGUAAUAUGUAAUUGACCAUUGUUUGUCACUAUUAUUAUUACUUAUUAUCGAUAUUACUACUUAUCUAUUAUCAUGUUAAAAUAUUCAAAACAUUAAUGUUACUAAGUAUCCAUAGAUGUAGAUAGCCUUACAGGCUAGGAAUGUCUUAUUAUUAUAAAUAUAUAUA